AUGUCGACAAUGGAGGUUGUGGAUUCGUUCCUCUUCUCUCUCUCCAAGGCUUUCUCUUCUCCAAUUGCAAUCUUCAUUCAGAUCCAGGGAUGUCUGAUCUGCUUAAUUCUUUCUCUUGGAUGGGUCCUCGCCGCCUAUGUCAGGAAUAGGGAGAUUAAACAAAUGAAGGAUAGUGCUAAAGCUGGCAAUAGCUUUUCAUUCCUUUGCCAUGACAUUAAUGAAUUGGAGCACUCUUAUCAGGCCAGCCUGCCGAGAGUGAGUGUCGUUAUGCCUUUGAAAGGCUUUGGAGAACACAAUCUUCACAAUUGGAGAAGUCAGAUAACAUCACUCUAUGGAGGUCCUCUAGAAUUUCUCUUCAUUGUAGAAAGCACAGAAGACCCUGCUUACCAUGCUGUGUCUCGCUUAUUAUCUGAUUUUAAGGAUCAUGUCGAAGCUCAAGUUAUUGUAGCUGGCUUGUCAACUACAUGCAGUCAGAAAAUUCAUAACCAAUUGGUUGGGGUUGAGAACAUGCAUCCAGAGACCAAAUAUGUACUAUUUUUGGAUGAUGAUGUCAGGCUGCACCCUGGGUCCAUUGGAGCUCUCACUGCAGAGAUGUUGAAGAAUCCUGAGAUAUUUAUUCAAACGGGAUAUCCUCUAGAUCUACCUUCUGGUAGUCUGGGAAGUUACUGCAUCUAUGAGUAUCAUAUGCCAUGUUCAAUGGGAUUUGCAACUGGUGGAAAGACAUUCUUCUUGUGGGGAGGGUGCAUGAUGAUGCAUGCUGAUGAUUUUAGAUGUGAUCGUCAUGGUGUGCUCUCUGGACUUCGAGAUGGUGGCUACUCAGAUGAUAUGACUCUUGCAGCAUUGGCUGGGGCUCAUAAGCUACUAAUUACAUCACCUCCAGUUGCCGUCUUCCCUCACCCACUUGCUAGUGAUCUUAGCUUUUCGAGGUACUGGAAUUACUUGAGGAAGCAAACAUUUGUGCUGGAGUCGUACAUAUCAAGGGUUAACUGGAUAAUGAACCGAGCAUUGUUUUCUGUCCACUGCUAUUUGUCAUGGGGAUUUGCAGCGCCAUACUUCAUGGCUGUGGUUCAUAUUGCAGCCGCCCUUCGUAUUUAUGCCCAAGGGUAUGCUCGGGAGGAAACAGUUUUUGUUUCAAAAGGGUUGUUACUGGUUGCCUGUUUGGCAGCGUGCACAUUUGUAGAACUCUUCUCGAUGUGGAACUUGACAAGAGUAGAAGUUCGUUUGUGCAACAUGUUAUCCCCCGAGGCACCUGGACUCUCUCUUGGUUCUUACAAUUGGGUUCUGGUCUUCGUAGCUAUGGUGGUGGAUAACUUCUUAUAUCCAAUAUCUGCCAUGCGUUCCCAUUUCUCCCAAUCGAUCAAUUGGUCUGGCAUUCGGUACCACUUAAAAGAUGGGAAGAUAUACAAGAUUGAUAGGAGCAAGGAUAUGGGUCCACUUUACACAGACUUGGGAGGGAAGCAUUUAGGGAAGAAAGGUGCUCCUCAGAAAGCCUCAUUCCUUGGCUCUCUGUGUAGAAGUUUGGCGCAAUGGAGACGUCCCAAGAAAUACGAUGUCUGA